GCCGUGCGCCUCGGAUCGACUGGACUGACUGGCUGGCAUUUGCAACUAGCGAGUUGCUAUUUACAUGGGACUGACGGCUACUCGACAUUGAAAAAUUCCGCACCGAGCCGACCCGUGAAGAAAAAUGUCGUGGGACGACAUCGUCUACGUCUUACUGCUUCUUUUCUGUAUCGGGUUCGGGCACUUCUAUCGAAAAAUAAAAGACCCCCUAGCAAAGCAAUGGGCUGGCACUGGAGUCGGAUUUGCAGUGGCAUUCCUAGCUACUGGAUCGCAAAUAAUUCAUCCGAUAAUCGUCACCCUUGUGAACGCAGUAAUUGUUACUCGAUUAUCUUGGAAGCAAUGUCACGUCGUUAGUUUUGCCUUCACAUUUUUCUACUUGCUGGGUUUCUUUCGGCUGGCUGAUUGGUACGGAUUGUCUUUACCAUCGGGACCUGGUAAUAUGAUACAGAUGAUGCUGACACUGAAAUUGGUGGGACUGGCAUUUGAAAUAAACUCAGCUGCAACGGCCCCAGCUGAUGAUCCAUUGGGUGCCAAAUCUCCAGCUUUUGAUAAAGUUGGAUUCAUUGAUGUUUUCCACUAUGGUUUUAACUACGCGGGGAUAUUGACUGGACCGUACUAUCGCUACAGGACAUACUGGGAUUCAAUUUAUAGACCAUUUGCCCAAAUCGCGGAUCACUGGGGAGUCACACUUAGUAAACUGAAAGAAAUUGCAGUGCAUAUUACAAUCUACCUCCUGUUAGGGUACUAUUAUCCUUCGGAGUACUUUUUGGCGGAUGAAUUCAUGAACCGUAGCUUCUGGUACCGAAUUUGGUAUAUCUACCCAUCAUUUUUCGUAUUCAAAAUGAGGAUCUACGCAGGCAUGGCACUUUCCGAAUGUGUUUGCACUAUGGCUGGAGUAGGAGCUUAUCCAACGAGCUGUACGACAAUCUCUGGUCUAGGACCAAAAAACUAUCAGGCAUUUGAAAACUUGAGUAAAAAUCCGGAGAAGAUAACGGCUGAAGAUAUCGAUUUUGAGACUAUUCAUAACAUCAACACAUGGGGCGUUGAGAGCUGUACAAAUGUCAGGGUAGCCAUGAAGAUGUGGAACACCUGCACACAAUAUUGGAUGGCUGCAUAUGUGUAUAAAAGGUUUCCUCACAAAGUGCUCAGAGUACCAGCAACAUUUCUUAUAUCCGCUCUAUGGCAUGGAUAUUAUGCCGGUUAUUACAUCUGCAUUUGCUCGGUCGUGUUUUACUUGCCGAUGGACGACAUUUACGUGAAAUUCUACAAACAAAGUGAAGAGAAUAGCCUGGCAAAGAAAGGCUGGGGUUUUAUGGGAUGGUUCAUGAAAACUUUUUGCAUGUCCUAUCUAGCAGCUUCUUUCCAAGUACUCAAAUUGCGAGAUGCACUCAACUAUUACAGCAGUGUUUACUAUGUGGGCCAAGUGCUUGUGGCCGUACUAUACGUGAUUGGAAGAAUUCUGCAACCACAUAUUUUAGUGAAACCUAAAAUCAAGGAGGGUUGAUCUCAGAAUUGUUAGACAUUGUUAUUUUAUCUCAUUAUUACUCUACAUGCAUGCACACAUUUUUUACUUUUAUUACAAUUUUACGUUAAUCCUAAAACGUAUCUAAUACGAAUCUCAAAUUAUACUUUUAUGUUUAUGUGGGUACACAUAGAUAUACAGAAAUAUUUUUAAAUCUCUAUCAAAUCUCUUUAUGUAAAAUUAGAUAAUAUAUCAAUUUACCUAAUGCGAGGAGCAAAAAAUCUCGAAAUAAUAAUGCAAAAAACUAGUACGUAAACUUGUCAAUUUGCGGAAGUAGUCCUAAAGAUUUAAUUACAAUUUUACAAGAUAGUGUGCAACACAAACAUGGUGUUAUUAAAAGUCAAGAAAUGUUA